AUGGAAGGCUACAACAAGUACAGCAAGCUCGGCAAGCCCUUCCUGAGCCCGCAGGUGACGUGGAAGCCCGAGGUGAUAAUCCCGCCCGAGCACGUCCGCUGGAUGGUCGACCAGCCCGACAGCGUCUUCUCCAUCCACAAGGUCCUCAUCGACGACCUGCGCUUCGACUACACGUCGCCGCGCGCCUGGGACUUCGACCGCGCCUUCCACGUCGAAGCGCUCAACAAGAUGAACCUCGACGCCAUGACGGCCGACAUGAUGGACGAAAUCGACUUCCGCACCGCCGCCGCCUUCGGCGCCACCCCCAACCGCUGGCACACCACCACCCUCCAAUCCAGCCUCUUCGACAUCCUCCUCGCCGUCACCAACCGCGCCUUCGCCGGCAAGCGCCUCGCCCGCUCCCCCGCCUACUCCACCACCGUCGCCUCCUUCAUCGCCCUCCUCCCCCGCCGCGCCUCCCUCAUCGACGCCCUCUGCCCCACCCUCCUCAAACCCCUCCUGGCCCCCCACCUCGCCGCCCCCCUCCGCCGCCUCACCGCCCGGUACGAGGCCCGCCUCCUCCCGCGCAUCGCCGCCAGCCUCUCCGCCGCCACAGCCACCGAAACAACAACAACAACAACGACCAACCCGCCAAACCCCAGCACCACCACCGCCAACGAACGCACCGCCGACGUCAUCGCCCUCCUCGCCCGCGCCGCCGCCAAGUCCCCCUCCCCGCGCGACCGCUCCCCCCACAGCCUCGCCGCGCGCCUGCUCGCCCUCAACUUCGUCGCGGUCCACACGUCCUACCUGACCGCCGUCGCCGCGCUGUCCGACAUCCUCACGCGGGGCGGGCCAUCGCUCUGGGCCGAGCUACGCUCAGAAGCGGCGGACGCGUUGCGCGCCACAGCCACGGGCUCAGCUGUCGACUCGUCGUCGUCGUCGUCGUCGUCGUUUGACGCGCGGUGGACGAAAGCAGCGGUGGGGCGGCUGGUGCUGCUGGAUAGCGCGUUGCGCGAGUCGAUGCGGGUGUCGCCGUUUAAGGGGCGGGGGGUGGAGAGGGAGGUGGUGGCCGAGGGGGGGGUGGUGAUGCCGGGGGGGAGUGGGUCGGUGCGGUUGCCGCGGGGGACGAAGGUGGGGGUGGCGACGGCGGGGGUGCAUGGGGAUGGGAGGUUUUAUGAGAGGCCCGGGGAGUUUGUGCCGGGGCGGUUUGUGGGGAGGGCGGGGGAGGGGCUGGUGAAUGUGUCGGAGAGGUGGUUGGGGUUCGGGGUGGGGAGGCAUGCGUGUCCGGGGCGGUUCUUUUCGGCGCAUGAGUUGAAGUUGUUGGUGGCGCAUUUGGUGCUGAAUUAUGAUUUUGAGGUCGUGGGGGGAGGAGGGGGGGAGGGGAUGGAGAAGAAGCCCGGGGGGCCGGUUUGGGUGACGGAUUUUCAUCUGUUUGCGGAGCCGUAUGUGGUGAGGGCGCGGAGGAGGGAGAGGAGCGCGCAUUUGGAUCAGUGA